CGCACUACGCCUCCCCCCGGUUCCCACAGCGUUCACUCGCGCUGCUCUCCGGUGUUUACACGCCUGCGUUUCGCUUCCGUUGCACUUACUACGCGGCCUGGAAGGCCUUUGCUCCUCGUCGCCGAGGGCUGUCCGUCGUCAAUCAACCCCGCGCAGGUGGGAAACAAAUUCUCUCGCAAGCAGCAAUGGCGUACUAUCGCAGAACCCAACGGAGUUGGUACGCACGCAGAAAAUAACGGAGGUCGACUGUUGGAUACGAUCGGCGCAAGGAUGGUGCUCAAGUGA